AUGGAGAUUGUCGAGGAGCCCGGCCCCGGAGGAGGCCAGGAGGUCACCCCCGAGCGGCGCGGGCCGUGCUGCCUGCAGCUGCCGGGCUUCCGAGAGGAGCUGAGGGCGCUCCUGGUUCUGGCGGGCCCUGCGUUCUUGGCCCAGUUGAUGGUGUUCCUGAUCAGUUUCGUGAGCUCCGUGUUCUGCGGCCACCUGGGGAAGCUGGAGUUGGACGCUGUCACCCUCGCCAUCGCAAUGAUCAAUGUCACCGGAGUCUCGGUGGGCUUCGGCUUAUCUUCCGCGUGUGACACCCUCAUCUCUCAGACGUAUGGGAGCCAGAACUUGAAGCACGUGGGGGUGAUCCUGCAGAGGGGCACCCUGGUGCUGCUCUUCUGCUGCUUCCCCUGCUGGGCGCUCUUCGUCAACACCGAGAACAUUCUGCUGCUCUUCAGGCAGGACCCAGCCGUGUCCAAGCUUACCCAGGACUAUGUGAUGAUCUUCAUUCCUGCUCUGCCUGCAACCUUUCUUUAUACAUUACAAGUUAAAUAUUUGGUCAACCAGGGAAUUGUCCUGCCCCAGAUCCUCACUGGAGUUGUGGCCAAUCUCGUCAAUGCCCUCAUCAACUAUCUGUUUCUCUAUCAACUGCAUCUUGGGGUGAUGGGGUCGGCGCUGGCAAAUAUGAUUUCCCAGUUCACCCUGGCGCUACUUCUCUUCCUGUACAUUUUCUCGAGGAAACUGCACGAAGCUACCUGGGGAGGGUGGUCCCUUGAGUGUCUGCAGGACUGGGCCUCCUUUUUCAGCCUGGCCAUACCCAGCAUGCUCAUGCUGUGCAUUGAGUGGUGGGCCUACGAGAUCGGGAGCUUACUGAGCGGUAUCCUCGGCAUGGUGGAGCUCGGAGCCCAGUCCGUAGUGUACGAACUGACCAUCAUUUUGUACAUGAUACCUUCAGGCUUCAGCGUGGCUGCCAGCGUCCGGGUAGGGAACGCGCUGGGUGCUGGAAACAUCGAGCAGGCCAAGAAGUCCUCCACGGUCGCCCUGCUGGUCACAGGAUUCUUUGCUGUAAUCUUCUGCGUCCUGAUGCUGACCUGUAAGGAUGUUGUGGGGUACAUCUUCACCACCGACCCAGAAAUCGUGGCUCUGGUGGCCCAGGUGAUUCCAAUCUCUGCUGUCUCCCACGUGUACGAAAGUCUUGCCUGCACAUGUGGUGGCAUUCUGCGGGGAAGCGGCAACCAGAAGGUUGGGGCCAUUGUCAAUGCCAUUGGCUAUUACCUGGUCGGUCUCCCAAUCGGGAUCUCGCUGAUGUUCGCGGUCAAGCUGGGACUGAUUGGUCUGUGGUUAGGGAUCAUUAUCUGUGCGAUCACGCAGUCCCUGUAUUUUCUGGUCUUUGUUGCUGGGCUAAACUGGAAGAAAGCCUCUCAAGAGGCUCUGAUACAUGCCAAUGUGACACUACCUGUGGCCCCGGAGGGGACUUCGGCUAUCUAUCAGAACCAAGUGGUCCGGGAGAGCCAGAGAAGAGUUGUAUUAAACAUUCCUGAAAGACGAGACCAGACUCGGUGGGACCCACAGAGGCGCCAAGAACAUCAUCGUGGGGCCCCUUCCAGGGACGUGACUGAGUUGACUGGGAGACAGCUGAUGCUACGACGUGGGCUCCUGCUCAUGGGGUUCAUUUCAAUCUUGCUCAUGGGGAUUUUCGUGAGACUGUAUGUCAGAAUUGAGGGAUAGGCGAGAGAGAGAGGAGAGAGAGAGAGAAUCAGGUCAAGUGACACUUUUGAGUUUACAAAUAAUGCACAAGUGGUGGGAAUUUAUUUUCAGUUAAGGUAGCUCGACUGUGCCUGUGGAUUUCAAGAAUUGAGCGUUCAAGAUUAUGUUUUCUAAUGAAGGAGCUAAGUAAACCUUUAUGUUCUAGUGCAAGACUGUCUGAAUGAAGGGAGUAGUAAUCACUCCUCCACCACUGUCUCAACCCAGGACCACUGUGGACUGAUGGCUUUUGUCUGUGACUUUGAGAUUUCUUUUGCUUUUGUUUCUUUAGAUACGGACGCAGGUACUGAGUGUGUAAAGGACUCUUCUACCAUUUGAGUUAUUUAAAAUAUAUUUCACAGUGUAU